AUGGCCGCCCCACCGAUCUCAAUUUCCCCGCGGCAGUUCGAGUUUGCCGAGAUGAACCUGAUCCAUUCCGGCAGUCCAGCUCUGACCCUUAAAUUGGCCCAACGGGCCGUCUUGAUGGGCUACGACACCUUCGUUAUUAACCGCGACAUCGGUGAUCAUUUUGCGCCGGAAUUGCACGAAGACGACGAGCCCGAGGAGCCACAGCCCAAGAAGAAAAAGAAGCAGAAAAAUGCUGUGGGAAUCCCGGAUCCGUUUCUUGUCGACCUCUCGAAAAUUGAUAGCAAACAAUUGGAAAACAACGGACGUCGAUUGAGACAAUUCUCGAGGCUAACCGUUACACUCAAUGAUGCCGACUACGUCCAUAAUUUGUUUAUGGAUCCGCAAGUGAAAAAGUACGAUUUGUUGGCGAUUCGUCCGGGCGACCUCCAGAUCUUCAAUAUUCUUCAGAGAAAGUGCGACAGCUUUGACAUUAUCACCUAUGAAGCAACGGAAAGGGUAGAAUGGAUGAAGUUUUCGAGACAAAUUAGAGCGCUGCAAAAAGAGGGAGUAUCUUUUGAGAUAACCUACGUACCUGCGUUGGGCGACAGUCACUCGAGGCGGAUGGUCUUGGCAAAUGGGCGAUCUUUGUUUCAUUCGCUGGCUAAUAAAGGAAUCAUUUUCGCGUCCGGCGCGAGAGAUGUUAUUGAUAUACGGGGCCCGUAUGACGCGAUGAAUAUGCUCACUUUGUUCGGCAUCAAGCCGAGUAUCGCGAAAACCUAUCUUUCAGCAUUCCAGCGGCUAUGUCUCCUCCGAUGUGAAUCGAAACAUUCGGUGAAGGGAGCCGUCGCGGUGCACAGUCUCGAUAAUGUACCCAGCAGCGCUUUGGCUCCAAAAUGCGCCCUCCAACGAUUGCUCCAAGUCCCGGAAUUCCGUGCACAAAUCGAGAAGUUGCCGCCGAGACCAACGCCAGCAGAAGAUCCGGCCACCAUGGAUCAGGCA